AUGGAUUGGCUAUGUUGUUUUCAUCGUAUAAGGGCCAAAAGAAUAAAGAUUGCUUCGUUCAAUGUAAGGAGGUUCGGGCUGAAGAAAUGUACAGACUGCAAUGUGUUCCCAAUUCUCACAAAGAUUAUAUUACGUUAUGACAUCAUCGUACUUCUGGAAGUUUUUGAUUCCAAAGAGAAAGCUGCAAAAAAGCUUGUGGAGCAACUAAACAGUACGGGUGAAAAAGGAGCUUCAUACCAGUACAUUAUAAGUCAACCAUUGGGGAGAAGUGAUUAUAAAGAACAAUACCUGUUUUUAUACCGGGAAGACUUGGUGAGGGUAAAGGAACAGUACCAAUAUGCUGACAUGCAACCUGGAGAUGAGGAUGUCUUUGCACGUGAACCUUUUAUCAUCAGAUUUGAAUCAAAAGAGACCGCUGUGGAAGAUUUUGUCCUCCUCCCUAUCCACACGACUCCCAAAGACUCCGUGCGGGAGAUAGACGAGCUGUACGAUGUGUACCUUGACGUGAAAGAAAAAUGGGGCACCACGAAUAUUAUGAUACUGGGAGAUUUCAAUGCGGAUGGAUCUUACGUCUCUGGGAAGAAGAUGAAAACAAUUAGACUGAGGAGCGAUAAGAGUUUCCAUUGGUUGAUCACAGAUGACAAAGACACGACAGCCAGCAACACUACGGACCACUCUUAUGAUCGCAUAGUUGUCCAUGAGGAUCUCAUCCAGCACAUCGUUCCAGACUCCGCCAAGCCCUUUAACUUCCAAGACGAGUAUAAGCUGACAGAUGAGGAGGCUCUGGCUGUCAGCGAUCACUACCCAGUGGAAGUAGAGCUAAAACCAAUCUAAGGGAAAGCUGGAAAGAAACAACGAUGG